UGCUGUUGGGAGAAUCAUUUGUUGUAUUUACACUACAGCCUCAACUGAUUCUGGAGAUUUAUUUCUCUAUGACAGCUAGACUAAGAUAACAGUUUUCCGGCGAGGUAAAGAAAAUAAGGCGGUAAAUACUACAGUGAAUAUUUAUUUGCACACUACAAGCUGUGCAAAGCUUCUAGCGCAGGGUAAAUGAUGACUGCCAAAACCAUAGAGAAAACCCCCGUAACUCUUAGCAGUUUUGUGCACCAGAUCCCUGAGAGCGUUUACUCGGUGGACGAAAUCGCAACUUUACCGGCAUCAGUUGCCAUCUUCCCCAACACAGACUUAGGAGGGCACUUCGAGCACAUUAACGGAGUUCCUGGAGAUGGCAUAGUCAAUGUGGAUAUGAGCACAGAGAAAAGGCCCCUCGAGUUGCCUUAUAACAGCAGCUUCACGCCCCCUUCGGCACCCCGCAAUCAGACCUUCACUUACAUGGGCAAAUUUUCUAUUGACUCUCAGUAUCCCGGUGCCAACUGGAACCCAGAGAGCAUAAUCAACAUUGUGAGUGUGGGUAUGACCCAGCCUUCCUCAUCAUCUUCAUCGCCAGCAUCUUCAGUCUCCCCAAAUCCAUUUUCCAGUACUUUGAGCUGCACCAUGGCACAGAACCAGCCCGACAUGGACCACAUCUAUUCACCUCCACCUCCUUAUUCAGCCUGUGGGGACGUGUACCAGGACCCCUCGGCUUUUCUGUCCACCUCUACCUGUCCUAUCUCCUAUCCCCCGCCGUCAUACUCUUCGCCUAAACCUACAACGGACAGCGCACUGUUCCCGAUCAUCCCGGACUACUCCAGCCUGUUCCAGCCUCCCUGCCAGAGAGAGAUUCCAUCAUCCAUGCCUGACCGCAAGCCCUUUCCAUGCCCUCUUGAAUCAAUCAGGGUGCCUCCACCACUGACUCCCCUGAACACUAUUCGGAAUUUUAUGGUAGGGGCAUCCUCAGAGGGGCCACGACUGCCUACUGCAUACAGUCCUCAGAAUCUACCUCUAAGACCAAUUCUGCGGCCCAGGAAGUACCCCAACCGUCCAAGUAAGACACCGGUCCAUGAACGGCCAUAUCCCUGCCCAGCAGAGGGCUGUGAUCGAAGGUUCUCCCGGUCGGACGAGCUGACAAGACACAUCCGCAUCCACACCGGGCACAAACCUUUCCAGUGUCGGAUAUGUAUGAGGAACUUCAGCCGCAGCGACCACCUCACCACCCAUAUCCGGACCCACACCGGAGAGAAACCGUUCGCUUGCGAUUUCUGCGGGCGCAAGUUCGCCAGGAGCGACGAAAGAAAACGGCACACGAAAAUCCACCUUCGCCAGAAAGAGAGGAAAUCUUCAUCGGCAGCCGCCCAAGUCAACCACUCGGACAGAGCGGUCAGCGUCAGCACAUCCACGGGCGUCAUGUGCGCUGCAGGGGGCGGUCAACUCACGGGGUGCCCCCCACGAGCUGUAUGAAGAGACUGAAAUUGGAAACACUAAACUAAUGGACAAAAAAUAAAUAAAUAAAUAAAUAAAGCGAGGACCUGCGAGGGGAAGAGGGGCUUUACACUUGAGAAGCUUGGGCAGUCUGAGAAGCACGAGAAAGGACUGGUGAUCUCCCCCUCAAGAAGAGACGAUGCAAGGUGGUUUGUGGGGGCUGCGUUUCCUCCACAAUGAUACCCGUAAUGUGCCCAGGUCACAAUGUUUAAAGAAACUAUAAAAUGCACUUUGGCCAUAUUAUCUUGAACUAAACGUUUUCUGAAAAUAAAGUAGCUAGAUUGGGAUAUUUGAAAUAAUACUUAUAAUAAAGUGGAGCAUUCUGUCUUAGUAUUAUAAUUUACAUGUGUGUCUUUGUAAAAAGCACGGAACGAGAAGAAACGGACUUUUGUUGCGUCAUAAUCGGACAUGACUGUCUCUCACAACUUGGACGCUCCAGAAGAUUUAAUCUACAGAGAUAUAUUUGCAAUAACUGUGAAAGAAACGUUAAGUUAUUUGAAAGAAAAGACGUAUUUGUUAGUGUUAUAAGUGCUUGCUAUUUGUUUCGCUUUUCUGCGGUGCCUUGUUGUGUCUGCGUGUAUACAUCAUGCCAACAUCUUUUUCAGGCUGUAUAAUACUGAAGCAAUUUAAUAUCCGUUUUUUAGAAUGAAUGAUAUAUUUUUGUACGCAUUGUGUCUUAUUCCUAAAAGUGUUACAUUUGUAGUAAAAAUCUGAAAACAUGUAAAUACUUUAUUACUGACUCCAGCUUUUGUUUCCUCCUGCAUGUUUAAUAAGACUUACUGUACUUGGUUCAGGCGCAUAGGGAACCACUAAUGACUGAGAUCAGACAGGUAAUCUCUUGUGCAUUGUUCCAAUAUCCAUUCAAAAUAAAAAUCAUUGAAAAAUAAAUAAAUAAACAUAUUUCCACCAUCGCAGUCACUUCAAGAAAAGUAAAGCGAUGGAAAAAGAAGCUUGCAGUGCUUCAUAGAGGUUAAAAAUAAAGUUGUUUAUGCUAUGGGGAUUUCCCAAAUGAAAAGUAAUAUAAAGACGUAUACAUCAAUUAAUCUUAUGACUCAUUUUUUUCUUAAUUCAUUCCAUUUCUUAAGAUCAAAAGGAAGAACAAGCUAUCACUUCCCACUCACUGAAUGCUUGUUAUUUUAAGACGCAAGCGAUAUUAAAGUUUGAAAGCUGAACUUUUAAAUAACGCUGCUAAACGGGGUUUUAUUUUCAAAUAUGAGAGUUAUUGACAAUUUACCCGUGCGCGCUUGAGAAAAAACAGCACUGCUUAGAUCUUUAAAAAGGUCCUUCAGUCCCCGCAGGGCUCGCGGCCUUUAUUCUACACGUGAACAAUAAUAUCAGCUCAGUACCACAUAGUGGUGAAUGAUGGAUGUCAAAUUGAACUGUUUCACCUAGCAUCGUUCAUAGCCUUCUUUAAAGUGAAAAACAAUGACCUCCAUUCUUAACACCGUUCAAUGUGGUGUAACUAUUUACUUCACACAAAAACACUCAAAAAGAAACUUACAUUUUGUUACUUACAAAAUGAACUGUAACAAAACUGUGUUGUCAUUUUCAUUAGUCCUAAAAUAAUUUGGCCAGAAGAACACGUCUUCAAAUAUUUGACAGACCAGCAGCGGAAAAUCGGUUACCUUAAUGAUCUUCAAGUUACUUUAGGCACAUCAUAAUUAAGGUCUCAUGUGUACACGACCACACAUAGUUACUUGGUGUCAGUGCUGAAACUUUCACUUAAGGUGCUGAUCUCCUUGCACUGCACUGCUUUCUGCAUUUUCAGCCUCUGUCCUGCAAUUUACGAUGGAUGGAAAAUGGAUUGUAGUGUAAAAAGCUUACAUUUCAAAUAAUGGAUGAUGAAAAAGAGAAUGACGAAUCAGCAGAAUUAAAUUAUUCGGUUAUGAAGGAGCCUGUGUAUGCAUCUGCCCCACUAAUAGACUGGCAGCUUGUCCAGGUUAGGAUCCUGUAAUAUGGCCAUUGCUAUUCUUCUUGCUUACUGGAAAAGUACGUUCUGAAAAUAGGUGGAAGAAUGUUAACUUUCAUCACUCCCUUUAAGAUGCAGGCUGCAUUAAAGUCGAAGUAAUUAAAUGCAAAAUUACCCUUUUUCAUUAGCAUCAACUACUCGUGGUAAAUAUUGUAUGUAAGUAAAUAAAAUAAAGCAAACCUAACCUAAUGCAAGAUACAGUUUUUAGUAUUUGCAAUCCACUGUAUGGCUUUCACAACACUGUUUCAUGCCCUUUAAUCCACAGUAAUCAUACAGAUAGAAAACAUGUGCACAUUUUCUAUGCUUACAUAUUCUCCCUGGAUCACUUCUUCCUCUGCUAUUGUGAUAAUUUGGAUUUUUCCUUGAUCAUUCUGUUAUGAGAAUUCAAUUUAAUAAAGAGACACAUAUCUGGGUUUAUGUUAAACCUUGUUUGUUCUAAACAGGGAUUCUAAACAUUUUCAUCACUUUCACACCUCUGUUCUGAGCCAUCUGUAGGGUUCA